AAAGCGGAAGUGAGUAGGAGGGAUUCCUCUUGCCUCGAACGGAUUUCUUUUUUGUGCCCUGCUCUCGUUUUGUGUGUUGGGGGGAUGGGGUCGUGCCGAGGAUGCGAGACUCCAAAUAUUUACCACUUGGCUAACUAAAUACCUUUCUUUUCGAACUGUGUUUGUUAGUUACAAAAGUCCCUUGAGGCUUCGUAUGAGGUUAAGCGGAGGCUGGCGUUGUUAAAGUGGAUAAUUUGUCGUCCACUAUACGCUUAAAGUCGACAAAAUGUAUUCUCCUGGAGGUGAGAUUCUUGAGAGGCCUCGUUCCUCUGGGUCAAUAAGUUCUGACCCCCCAUCUUCCCCAUUGCCAGAGUAUGUGUUCAAACCACCAUCACGGCCAGAUUUUGGCACAAUGGGCAGAGCAAUAAAACUCCAGGCRAACUUCUUUGAGAUGGAAAUCCCCAAAUUGGAGGUCUAUCAUUACGAUAUAGACAUCAAGCCUGAAAAAUGUCCCAGGAGGGUUAAUCGUGAAAUUGUGGAGCAUAUGGUCCAGCACUUUAAAACRCAGAUCUUUGGAGAUAGAAAGCCUGUGUAUGACGGAAGGAAAAACCUCUACACUGCCAUGCCUUUGCCUAUAGGCAGAGACAAAGUUGAGCUCGAGGUGACAAUUCCAGGUGAAGGCAAAGAUCGCAGCUUUAAAGUGUCCAUCAAAUGGAUGUCCUGCGUUAGUCUGCAGGCUUUGCAUGAAGCGCUGUCAGGACGACUCCCCAGUGUCCCGUUUGAAACUAUUCAGGCCUUGGAUGUYGUCAUGAGGCAUUUGCCCUCUAUGAGAUACACCCCAGUGGGCCGCUCUUUCUUCACUCCUUCAGAAGGAUGCUCAAACCCUCUUGGUGGUGGCAGAGAGGUGUGGUUUGGGUUCCACCAGUCUGUCAGGCCUUCUCUCUGGAAAAUGAUGCUCAAUAUUGAUGUUUCUGCCACUGCUUUCUACAAGGCUCAGCCUGUGAUUGAAUUUAUGUGUGAAGUUUUGGAUUUCAAAAGCAUUGAGGAGCAACAGAAGCCUUUAACGGACUCUCAGCGAGUAAAAUUUACAAAAGAAAUCAAAGGCCUGAAGGUUGAGAUUACUCACUGUGGGCAGAUGAAAAGAAAGUACAGAGUUUGCAACGUGACCAGAAGACCAGCCAGCCACCAAACGUUUCCCUUGCAGCAAGAGAAUGGACAAACUAUUGAAUGCACAGUAGCACAGUACUUUAAAGACAAGUACAAGCUUAUCCUGCGAUACCCCCACCUCCCAUGUUUACAGGUGGGACAAGAGCAAAAGCACACCUACCUCCCUCUAGAGGUGUGUAACAUAGUGGCAGGACAGCGCUGCAUCAAAAAGCUGACUGACAAUCAGACCUCCACUAUGAUCCGAGCCACAGCCCGAUCAGCACCAGACCGUCAGGAUGAGAUUAGUAAACUGAUGAGAAGUGCCAACUUCAACACUGACCCUUAUGUUCGUGAAUUCGGAGUGAUGGUGAAAGAUGAAAUGACAGAAGUGAAUGGCCGAGUCUUACAAGCACCUUCAAUACUGUACGGCGGCAGGAACAAAGCAAUAGCCACACCGAUCCAAGGAGUGUGGGACAUGAGGAACAAGCAGUUCCACACAGGUAUUGAGAUCAAAGUGUGGGCCAUCGCCUGCUUUGCCCCACAGAGACAGUGCACCGAACUUCUGCUCAAGGCUUUCACAGACCAGCUGAGGAAGAUCUCUCGUGAUGCCGGGAUGCCCAUUCAAGGUCAGCCUUGUUUCUGCAAGUACGCCCAGGGAGCCGACAGUGUGGAGCCGAUGUUCAGACACCUCAAGUACACUUACCAGGGUCUGCAGCUGGUGGUGGUCAUCCUUCCUGGGAAGACACCGGUCUAUGCGGAGGUGAAACGUGUUGGAGACACAGUGCUCGGAAUGGCCACACAGUGUGUUCAGGUGAAGAACGUACAAAAGACAACACCUCAGACUCUCUCCAACCUCUGUCUGAAGAUCAACGUCAAGCUGGGCGGAGUCAACAACAUCCUACUCCCACAGGGCAGGCCGUUGGUGUUCCAGCAGCCAGUGAUCUUCCUGGGUUCAGAUGUGACUCAUCCACCUGCAGGAGAUGGAAAGAAACCUUCUAUUGCUGCUGUGGUUGGUAGUAUGGAUGCCCAUCCCAGUCGAUACUGUGCCACAGUGCGAGUGCAGCAGCACCGCCAGGACAUCAUCCAGGAUCUGGCCAACAUGGUGCGAGAGCUGCUCAUCCAGUUCUACAAGUCCACUCGCUUCAAGCCCACCAGAAUCAUCUACUAUCGAGAUGGGAUCUCUGAGGGCCAAUUUAGUCAGGUUCUUCAACAUGAACUGCUGGCAAUUCGCGAGGCUUGCAUCAAACUAGAGAAAGAUUAUCAGCCUGGAAUCACCUUCGUGGUUGUACAGAAGAGACACCAUACAAGGCUGUUCUGUGUGGACAGGAAUGAGAGGGUUGGAAAGAGUGGCAACAUUCCUGCAGGCACCACAGUGGACACCAAAAUCACUCACCCAUCAGAGUUCGACUUCUACCUUUGCAGUCACGCUGGCAUUCAGGGAACGAGCAGACCGUCUCACUACCAUGUUCUGUGGGACGAUAACCACUUCUCCUCAGAUGAACUGCAGGUCCUCACCUACCAGCUCUGUCAUACCUAUGUGCGCUGCACACGUUCCGUUUCCAUCCCAGCACCAGCCUACUAUGCUCACUUAGUGGCUUUCCGGGCCCGCUAUCACUUGGUGGACAAAGAGCAUGACAGUGCGGAGGGCAGCCAUACAUCAGGCCAGAGCAACGGACGAGACCACCAGGCCUUGGCCAAGGCAGUCCAGAUCCACCAGGACACCCUGCGCACCAUGUACUUUGCCUGAGAGCACCUCUCAGCCCCCAGGUUGGCGUGGGCGAGACCCCACAGAUGGAACACACUACCCCCCCGCUGUCAGCUGUACAAAUACGAGUGGUUUCAUAUCUCCCUCCCCAACAAACUAAACCUAUCAGAGGCUCAUAAGUCGACAAUUGUAAGCCAUCGAUUUAGACUUUAGAAGGAAAGUUUAGCAGGAAGAGAUUGGAUUUACUGUUUGGGCAAAUACUAUUCAAAAAUCACUUUUGAAAAGUUAAAGUUUGCACUCUUAAAGAAAUUUUCACAUUUUUUGGUUUAGUUACAUUAUAACAGUGAGCAGAAGCCUCUUCCAUUCUUUUUAUUUUGUUUAAUGCGUCUCAGUGCUUCAAGCGAGAAGUUUUUAAAACGAGYCUGUUUUUUAUGCCUCAUAUUUUACUCGUUUGACAAACAUUCAAUGAAAGUAAAGUGCACUGAGCAGGAUGGGGUACUUCAAGGACAAAAGUACUUGAUCUGAUUUUUUUUUUAAAUGUUAUUUCCUCAUCAGUCAUUCUGUGUUGAAAAAAGUGCCAUUUGGGACCAUCUCUCCUUUUCGUUUAAAUCUCAUGAGCCCACUUUAGGAGUUUCAGUAUUUGUCCUUAAUUCUCAUCAGUGGUCAUUUUCUACUAAACCUGGGAACAGCUGAAGGGUAAAUUCCUCCAUAUUUAUUCAUUCUGGAGACGUUUAACGUCAUUAUCUCUCUAACCCAGUUGUUAGUCCGGACCAGUAAAAAAACAAAAGCAAACUUGAUGUCCUGGGACUGGAUCCCGACAAGAACACCUUCCAGUAUUCUAAGCCGUGCUGAUAAAGACACAAGAUGUAGAAAUAACCAGGGGAACAUAACAGAAUAUUUUUGUUCCUCUUUUAUUAUUUUUUUAAAGUAUUUUCCCUUUUUUUAUCUUUAAUGAAUAUGCAUGUAGCUGAGAAGUUUUUGACCUGUAGACAUUUUUUAGUAAUUGUUUUUAUUUGACACACCUCAACCCCACUUUUUUUUGAUUGUAUAUAUUAGCAGAAAAGUAUUUUCUGCAGUGUCGUUAUGAGCGCGGGGUCUUUGUGUGGCUUCUAUCUGGGCAUUCGGUACAGUGGAUUUAAAGCUGAAGCUUUUUUUUUUUCUUUUUUUACAUUUAAACUGAUCAAAAUUCAGUAAAACCACCUGUAUGUAGAUUUUGCUUCAAGAACUGAGAGCAGUGGUCGCACAAAGAGCUUGAGGUUUAUGCAACUUUUAGUUUUUAAAAAGUCUUUUUACUAAACCAUAAUUGUUGCUUAAAAAGAAUAUAUUUUGAAUAAGCUUUCAGUGGACUGCUGAAACAUUUUAGAGAACUUUUUAAAGACUGGCCCACGUUUUGUCUAAAAUUGACUUUGUAUACAAGUUUUAAAUGCAGAUGUUCAAUCUUACUAAUGAAAUUCAUACAUCAUAACCUCCUGCUUUAGUUGGACUGCUAUGUUAAGCUGGUGAAUGUUCAUUGAAGUGAAUACUUUUAACUAUGCAUCACUUUUAACAAAGAGAUUUAGCAGUGGGCCAUCCCACAUGGAAUUGGAUCAUUUAUAGAGGUAGACAAUCAGGGCUUUGUGGUUUUUUAUUU